AUGGAAUUUAAUAGAUUCAUCAUGCAGGACAUUCGAUCUCGAUCCACAAGUCAGUCGUUGGUGCUACUAGAUGAAGUUGGUGCAGGGACAAAUCCACUUGAAGGAGCUGCAUUGGGGAUGUCAUUGCUGGAAUCUUUUGCUGAUAGUGGUGCUUUAUUGACAAUAGCUACAACCCAUCAUGGUGAACUUAAAUCUCUGAAGUACAGCAAUCAUGCCUUUGAAAAUGCUUGUAUGGAGUUCGAUGAGGUGAACUUAAAGCCAACUUACAAGAUUCUCUGGGGAGUACCAGGCCGUUCGAAUGCAAUCAAUAUAUCUGAAAAAUUGGGACUCCCCAGUGUAGUUGUCUCUAAUGCCCGAGAACUUUAUGGUGCUGCUAGUGCAGAGAUUAACGAGGUCAUAAUUGAUAUGGAAAAAUUCAAGCAAGAUAGUCAACAGCUUUUGUACGAGGCACAGCAUCAUUUGAUGCUCUCAAGAAAUCUUCACAAGAAAUUAAAGCUUGCCAGAAGGAAGAUAUGGGAGCAUCGUACUGAACAAAGAUACCGUAAGAUGCGGCAAAUAUCUGAGGCUGCAUCAAUGGCACGAUCUAUGCUUCACAAGAAAGUGCGGCAGCUUCGUGCCCAUGCAACACAACCUUUUCGUCCUGUUACAGCAGAGAAGAAACAAUUAUCAACAAGUGAUAGGCGGUUUACUGCAGCAGAUAAAAAUGGACAGUCUACAGCAAACAUGAGUACUUCAAAAGCAUACAUGUCAGACCCUUUGGAAGGCGGGAUUUUGUCGAAUGAGAUCCCAACAUCUUCUUCAGGCGCAAUUAGUGAGGAAAUACUAGUAGAAUUUACAAAUGACUGGAAAAGAUUGAAAGCUGACAUUCCAAAAUUCAAGAAAAGAAGUGCUUUGAAGUCGGUGAUUGUAAUCAAUAUUCUUGGAAUUGCCCACCUCUAUGCUUAG